AUGAAAACUUUGAUAGCUGUAGGUGGUAGUAUUCUUAUAGGGGGAAUCACUUAUCUCAUAUCGUUUAAAUCAAGUGAAAAAGAACGUGAGUAUUUUGAAAUCAAAAAUGGUCAAUCAACACAAACAAUACAACUAUUUGGAGCAUUGACGAGAAAAAGUCAAGAACUAUGUGUUGAUCUCUUUAACCAAUCUAUUCCUUUAAUUUCUCAAUGUUUUGUUCUAGAAAUUACAACAAAAGAAUUAAAUAAACAACAAAAAAUGUAUCAAAUUCAAUGUAUUGUUGAAAAGAAAAUCUCAGAAUGGUUUGCACGUUCAAUAAGUUCAGCACUGAUUUCUUUAUCAACACAUUUAGGUAUUGUACUAAAUAAAAGAGACUCAAUACUACAAGAAACUUCGAUUCAAACAAUUAUCACUGAACCCUCAAAAAGAGUUAAAGAAUAUUGUGAGACUAUAUUUUUGCUUGUUCAAUCAUUACAUAUGAAUGCCUUUGCUAAGGUCAAAGAAAUUAAUCUCAAUGAUUUGUUGAAAACUCUACAACAAAAUCUUUUAAUUGAAAUGAUUUCGUUUAUUCAAAAAAGUAUUAAAAAGAGAAUAGAAACUAAAGAUCAGGAAGCAUUACUUGACGAUCUUCAUAUUGACUCUUUUGUUAAAAUACUUAUUAAAUACCAUACUACACAAUUAAAUAAUAUUCUUUUGAAACAAAAAGAAACAAUCACUAACGAUCUUUUAAUAUGUCAAUUUGUUACUAAAUGUAAUGUAAUAAUCCAAACACUUCCAAUUACACCAGAAUUCUUUAUGUGUGAUGAGAUGAAUCAAAAGUUAUUUGAAUUUUUUCAAUAA